AUGGCGCCGAAGCAGGACCCGAAGCCUAAAUUCCAGGAGGGUGAGCAAGUGCUGUGCUUUCAUGGGCCCCUGCUUUAUGAAGCAAAGUGUGUAAAGGUUGCCAUAAAAGACAAACAAGUGAAAUACUUUAUACAUUACAGUGGCUGGAAUAAAAACUGGGAUGAAUGGGUUCCAGAAAGCAGAGUACUCAAAUACGUGGACACCAAUCUGCAGAAACAGAGAGAACUUCAAAAAGCCAAUCAGGAGCAGUACGCAGAGGGGAAGAUGAGAGGGGCUACCCCAGGAAAGAAGACAUCUGGUCUGCAGCAGAAAAAUGUUGAAGUGAAAACAAAAAAGAACAAACAGAAAACACCUGGAAAUGGAGAUGGUGGCAGCACCAGUGAAACACCUCAGCCUCCUCGGAAGAAAAGGGCCCGAGUAGAUCCUACUGUUGAAAAUGAGGAAACAUUCAUGAACAGAGUUGAAGUUAAAGUAAAGAUUCCUGAAGAACUAAAACCAUGGCUUGUUGAUGACUGGGACUUAAUUACUAGGCAAAAACAGCUCUUUUAUCUUCCUGCUAAGAAGAAUGUGGAUUCCAUUCUAGAGGAUUAUGCAAAUUAUAAAAAAUCACGAGGAAACACAGAUAAUAAGGAAUAUGCUGUUAAUGAAGUUGUGGCAGGGAUAAAAGAAUACUUCAAUGUAAUGUUGGGCACUCAGCUGCUCUACAAAUUUGAGAGACCACAGUAUGCUGAAAUCCUUGCAGAUCACCCUGAUGCACCCAUGUCCCAGGUGUAUGGAGCGCCACAUCUACUGAGAUUAUUUGUACGAAUUGGAGCAAUGUUGGCCUAUACACCUCUGGAUGAGAAGAGCCUUGCUUUAUUACUGAACUAUCUUCAUGAUUUCCUAAAGUAUCUGGCAAAGAAUUCUGCAACUUUGUUUAGUGCCAGUGAUUAUGAAGUGGCUCCUCCUGAGUACCAUCGGAAAGCUGUGUGAGACUGCUGACACACACUUACGUUUGAACCUCUGUUAACAAGUUUUUGUUCCUAGUCCUCUUGUACAAAUGAUGUACUUUGAAAAUGUUAGUGUAUAACAGAAUUGAUGUAUGUUUGUUUCUGUUUAAUUUUAAACAGAAAAUAAAAGGGGUUAUUCUCCU